CCACAUAAUCAAUGAGCUUAUAGAAACAGAACGGGUUUACGUAGAAGAACUUCAAAGUAUAAUUGAGGGGUAUGCUUCAGCAAUGGACAAUCCCAGCUUAGUACAUCUGAUUCCUUCUGCACUCCAGAACAAGAAGGAAAUUCUUUUUGGGAACCUCCCAGAAAUCUACGAUUUCCACAACAGGAUUUUCCUUAAGGAGAUAGAAAAUUGCAUUGAAAAUCCUGAUCUUCUUGCCCGAUGCUUUUUGAAAAGAAAAGAGGACCUCCAAAUAUAUGAAAAAUACUGUCAGAACAAGCCAAGGUCUGAAGCUCUCUGGAGACAGUGUGGAGACAGCAUCUUUUUUCAGGAAUGUCAGCGUAAAUUGGACCAUAAGCUCUCCCUAGAUGCUUAUCUCUUAAAGCCAGUCCAGAGAAUCACUAAGUACCAGUUGCUGUUAAAGGAAAUGCUGAAGUGCAGCAAGAAUUCAGAGGGUACUGCUGAAUUGGAAGAAGCCCUGGCCACAGUGCUUGAUAUCAUCAAAUCAGUAAAUGACUCCAUGCACCAGAUAGCAAUUACAGGAUAUGAGGGGGAUGUUGGUGAGCUUGGCAAGCUGUUGAUGCAAGGUUCCUUCAAUGUGUGGACCGACCACAAGAAGGGUCACAACAAGGUGAAGGAUUUGGCUAGAUUCAAACCAAUGCAGAGACACCUCUUCCUCUAUACAAAGAUGCUACUUUUCUGCAAGAAACGGGAGGAGAACACAGAUGGCCAUGAGAAGACUGCUUCAUACAGCUUUAAAAAUUCAUUAAAGAUGAGCACUGUGGGCAUUACAGAAAAUGUAAAAGGGGAUAACAAGAAGUUUGAGAUCUGGUAUAAUGGCAGAGAAGAGGUCUAUAUCAUUCAGGCAUCUUCUGUUGAGCUGAAAAACACCUGGAUUUCAGAGAUUCGCAAAGUCCUGACAGGACAACUGGAAGCAUGUAGAGAAGCAAGUCAAUUGCACCAAAGAAUCACUGAAAGUGUAUACCAUGCACCGAUGGAUUCCUCCAAUGCAAGCAGGUAUACCAGGAAAUCAUCAAGUCUGUAUGAAAACAAAUCUGAGACAUCAAACGUGGAAGCAUCUAACAAUAAAAACAGGAAUUCCAGUCCCAAUGCCAGACAAAAGAGAGUUGAUGCUUCCACCAGCCUUAACCUUGAGCGCACAGCGCUUGCUAGAAAGCGAUUCACAUUGCAAGGUCUUUCCAACCGCAGAGCUCCACCCAAAGAUCCAGAAUCUAAGGAAAGAGAAGUUACCCGUCGCUUUUCCUUAGCCUCCUCCAUCAGCACCACAGUUAAUGCUUCUGCUGUGAGCAAAGGUCCCCUUGUUCCUGCAGUUAAAGUCAAGAGACAUGAAAUAAAGAGUGACCCAACUCCCCUGGGGUUUGAAGAUGCUUUUGAGAACACCAUAUUGGCCCAGACUAAAUGUAAUACCGGUUCCACCACGAGACCUGUACCUAGAUCUGCUUCACAGACAGGUUGGCCUAGCAGGCAAAUGCCAUCUCUAGACACAUUUGAAGAUUUCGAAGCCAUCCCCUCCAGCACAGAUGAACUCUCCAACUCUUCUGACUUGGAGGAAGAGACCAACCCUAACAAUGGGACCAAUCUUUUUCGGGUAGAAGGCAGUUUUGACAGCUGUUUCCCGGAUUCUCUUACACUUGAGGAUGGAGAUUUAGUGCAGUUUGUGCAGGAAGGAGAAAACGGUCAAUGGUUGGUGAAGAAACUGGUCUCUGAGAAAAGCGACUGGGUUCCUUCCAGUAUAUUGCAACCAGCAGAGGGGGACAGUAACAACAUAAUUAAGAACAGCAAUGCAG